AUGUACAAGGCCGUCAUCCUGCCGACACUACUGUAUGGAGCGGAGACUUGGACGGUGUACACAAAGCAGGCACGUUGUCUGAACCACUUGCACCUCAGUUGUCUUCGACGCAUCCUGAGGCUGAAUUGGCAGGAUCGCAUCCCCGACACUGAUGUGCUGGAACGGACGGGAUUCCUCAGCAUCUACUCCAUGUUAUAUCAAAUGCAGCUGCGUUGGAGCGGCUACCUGGUGCUCAUGGACGACGAGCGACUAUCCAAACGAUUCUUCUACGGAGACGUCGCGACGGGUUCUCGCCACCAAGGAGGCCAAAUUCGCCGAUACAUGGAUACUCUGAAGUCCUCAAUGAAGCGUCUGCAAAUCAACCCGUCCAACUGGGAUGACCUGUCCCAAAACCGACCUAAAUGGAGGAGGACAGUUAAGACAGGUGCUGCGAUCUAUGAAGCCAACCGCAUCGCUGCCGCCGAAAUGAAACGUUAA